AUGGUCAAGCUUUCCAAAGUUGAGGAUCGGCCAACCCCUCCCGAGGUGUACAACUGGCGGGUGUAUAUGAAUGCUAUCAUCGCAACGUUCGCUGCUGUUAUGAUUGGCUAUGACUCUGCGUUCAUUGGAACGUCUGUAUCUCUUGCGAGUUUCAAAAACGAGUUUUCCCUUGCGACAAAAUCUACAGCGGAAUUCAAUUUAAUAUCUGCAAAUAUUGUCUCCAUGUAUCAGGCCGGUUCCUUCUUCGGUGCCAUUCUUGGUUAUCCCAUCGGGUAUUUUAUAGGUAGAAAAUGGGGUCUGUUUGUAUCUGCUGGUAUUUUCGUUGUCGGUGCCAUUCUUCAGACGGUAGCGAAUCCUUCUAUUGGGCUGGGUAUUAUAUACGCCGGGCGCAUUAUCGCAGGUCUUGCUAUCGGUGUCGCUUCAAAUCUUGCCCCCAUUUAUGUUGCAGAAAUUGCUCCUCCUGCUAUUCGGGGUCGCUGUAUUGGGUUGUAUGAACUGAUGUGGCAAGUAGGUGGCGUCGUUGGCUUUUGGAUUAACUACGGUGUCUCUUUGCACAUUCCUACCGGUCACAAACAGUGGGUUAUCGCGUUUGCCGUUCAGCUCAUCCCCGGUGGUCUCCUCCUCAUUGGUUCACUCUUUUUGACGGAGUCUCCCAGAUGGCUUGUCUCUCGCGACCGCAACAAUAGUGCCAUCAAAUCUUUGUGCAACAUUAGGCACCUUCCUCCUACGCAUCCCUACAUUGUAGAGGAAAUGACUUCAAUCGAAGCGACGAUUCAGCAUGAAAGAAAUUUAGCAGGUGCUGGAUUCUUGGGACCCCUUCGGGCUGUUUUUGCUUCGAAGGCCCUGAUAUUGCGACUUAUUCUCGGCUCUUCGAUGUUCGUGUGGCAGAAUGCUACAGGAAUCAAUGCUAUUAACUAUUAUUCUCCCACUAUUUUCAAGUCAAUCGGCGUCACUGGCCAAAACAACAGCUUACUCACGACGGGUGUAUAUGGUAUCAUCAAAUUAGUCGGUGCUUUGGUUUGGCUCCUCUAUAUCGUCGACCAAUUCGGCAGAAGACCCGCUCUUAUAGGUGGUUCUGCUGGAGGUGCUGUCUGUAUGUACUAUAUCGCUGCGUACAUCGCCAUAGCCAAACCCGCUGAACACCCGACUACUUCUCUAACUCCUGGUGGAAAGAUCGCUUUCUUCUACUUGUGGACCGUAUUCUACAGCCCGACUUGGAAUGGAACGCCUUGGGUUUACACUGCAGAAAUCUUCCCUCAGCACGUUCGAGUCUUUUCUCAAGCUUGUAUGGCUGCAAGUAACUGGCUAUACGCGUUUCUUAUCGCUCGGUUUACCCCCCAGAUGUUCACCGCCAUGGGCUACGGCGUGUAUCUGUUCUUCGCAAGCUUGAUGAUCAUGUCAAUCCCUUUCGUUUACUUCUACGUGCCGGAAACGAAGCAAAUACCUCUCGAACGCAUGGACGAGAUCUUCACUCCUGGACUUCCUGCAUGGUGUGCACACAGGACGGUGAUAAAUUCGAUCCAAUAUGAACAACAUGCAUACAACCCCCAGGGUUUCAGAUCUUCUUCGAAGACAUCUAUCACAGAAAAGGAAAGGAUUGAGCGUGUGGAAGUGGCCUAA